CUUUCCGAUAUGGCAGACAGCAUUGACCAGUCGACCUUUGAGCAAAUUCUAGAAAUGGACGAUGAUGACGACGACCGGGAUUUUAGCCAGGGUAUUGUCUUUGGAUUCUUUGAACAGGCCGAAAACACUUUUGAAAAGAUGGACGAGGCAUUAAAAACGGAAAACCUCCCCGACCUCUCUUCGCUCGGACAUUUCCUCAAGGGCUCGUCAGCAACUUUGGGAUUAAUCAAGGUCAAGGACGCAUGCGAGAAGAUCCAGCACUGUGGAGCCGGCAAGGACGAGACUGGCACAGCGGACGAGCCCAAUAAGAAAACCUCCCUGGACCACAUCAAGAAGAUACUGGAACAAGCCAGGAAGGACUACGACGAGGUCGAGAAGUUCCUCCGCAGGUACUACGAUGAGGAAUCCUAA